UGAUUAAGCAAGAGACAAGACUGUUAACAGUCCCCAGGCGUGGGCUCUGCAGGGCGGCAGGGCGCUGUCACCAAGUCCAGGAGCACCGGGCUGCAGCGGGGAGCCUUUGAAGGUCCAAGGCGCCAUGGAAAAUGGACAGAAAAUACCUCGGAAAGGCCGGAGGUUGGGCUCCAGUCGGCGACGGCAGACCAGAGAGCCAGCUGAUGGCCAGGAUGCCCCGGUAGCCCCAGAGCCAGAGGCCUGGUCCGCCCAGGCAGAUGCGGAACUGCAGGCCUUCUUCCAGGACUGUGGAGCCCAGGAGAGGGGGUUUGUCACACGCGAGGACCUGGCGGACGCCAAGUUCAGUUUCCUGGCCAGCCAGGAGGAGCCACAGAUGAUCUUCGACUGGGUGGACGUGGAGCAGAGGGGCCGCCUCUCCCUGGAAGAAUUCAGCUCUGGACUCAGAACCCUCUUUGGCUCCAGCCUGAGCACCCAGAGGCUCCGCAGAAGGCGGCCGCUGCCCGCUCGGGUGUCCGUGGCCACCAGCUUCCCUGCGCUGGAGGAGGCGGACGCUGAGGAGAGGGAGGCAUUCCUUGCCCUCAUGGGGCAGCUGGGGACCAGCCACACUCUUCCUGAGCAGGCGGAGCUCUGGCAGCUGUGGGGGAAGCUGCGGCAGGAGGAGCCCCAGCUGGCGGGCAACCUCGAGGCCUUCCUGGCCAGGGUGAGCGGCCGCCUGCAGGAGGUCCGGGCCGACCGGGAGGCGCUGGAGCUGACCCUGAGGAAGCGUGACUCCGACCACCACCGCGAGGUGCGCCGGCUCUAUGAGGAGAUGCAGCAGCAGAUCAGCAGGGAGAAGCGGCAGCUGCAGGCCGAGAGCGACUCCCGGGGCCUGGCCCUCAGCUCCCAGAUGCAGGAAGUCCUGGAGGCCAAGGAGCAAGAGGUGCAGAAGCUGGCCGAGGGCCAGAGGGAGCUGGAGGCCCGGCUCCAUCACCUCAGUGACACGCAGCAGGAGGCCGACUCAGAGAACCGGCAGCUUCAGGAGGCCAAGCAGGACCUGGCUGGGCAGCUGGAGGAGAUGCGGGGUCAGUUGCAGGUCACCAGGAGACACCUGGAUGCUGCCAGGGGCCGAGUGUCCUGGCAGAUAGAGGAGGAACCCAGUGUCCCCCGUUCACCUGAGAAGGCCCCAAGCCCUCCAGCGAUCUCCCCGGAAGAGCUGCCCCUGCCUGGGCUGUUUGGGGACAACGAUGACUGGGGCCAGCUCCUGAACUUCAGCAGCCCUCCCCCCAAAGCCCUGCAGCUCUCCUGGAGCCCACCCCCAACCCCAAGAGACGCCGCAGGCCCCCAGACACCCCGCGUGGUCAGGCAGAUCUCCCUCUCCAAGUCACACGCUUUGCCAUUUGGUCAGGAGCCAUCCUCUGGAAUUGACCCAGAGGAGCAGGACCUUGGUCUAGAGCGUCCUGUGAAGCCCCGAGGCCUGGAACCCGACACUGAGCCAGGACCCAGCCCCAAGGCCCCCCUCCCCUGGAGUCCGGGAGCCCCAGCUGGGGGGUCAGGGAGCCUGGUGGCAGCUGCCCUCCGGGUGCUCAUUCCUUUGGAGGCCGAGCCUGCCCCCCAGGGGGCUGUGGCCCUCCCAGAGGGGCCAACGGAACCCUCCUGGGGCCUGCGGUCAGUGGGUCAGUCUCCCACAGAAGGGCUGGGGCAGGGCCACCCCGGGGGGCUAAGAGAGGCUCCUGGCCAGGCCCUCAGGCCAGACGGGCUACCUGCCUCCCCUCUCCGGAGGCUGGAAGAGGAGCCCAAGGCUGAGGCAGGAAAACCAGUGGACCGCAGCCGGCAGGACCCUGGUUCCGCUCAGGCAGCUGAGGCUCCUGGCCUGGAAACUGGGCAUCCCGAGUCCCCCCAGCAGGAGCCUCCGCGUGCCCCUCUCCCCGCUGACCUACCCCAGACUCCUGUGGCAGCCCCUGCUCCUGGACAGCUGUCCCCUCCAGGGGACCCUCCGCCCAGGGCUGCUGCAGGGUCCCUAGAGUCCCCUCGACCAGGCCCCGAGCUGGCUGAGAGAGAAGCGCAACCCGGGUCCCCAGCCACAGCUGCUCUGGCGGAAAGAGAAGCAGGCCCCUCUGGGGCCGGGGAGCCAAGGGCCGGGAGCAGGCCUGAGGACCUGGGAUCCGACUCCGGGGAGGCUGGGCUGACCCCAUCCCUGGGGGACUCCCCAGCCAGCGGGCCUCCAGCUGACCCCGAGUACCUCUUCCACGUCAUCUUCCUGGGCGACUCCAACGUGGGCAAGACCUCCUUCCUGUACCUUCUGCACCAGAACGCCUUCGCCACGGGGCUGGCAGCGACCGUGGGAGUGGAUUUUCGGAUCAAAACCCUGAUGGUGGACAACAAGUGCUUUGCGCUGCAGCUCUGGGACACGGCUGGCCAGGAGAGGUACCACAGCUUGACGCGACAGCUGCUCCGCAAGGCUGACGGGGUGGUGCUCAUGUAUGAUGUCACCUCCCAGGAGAGCUUUGCCCACGUGCGCUACUGGAUGGACUGUCUACAGGAUGAAGGGUCGGGCCAAGCAGUCGUUCUUCUCCUGGGAAACAAGAUGGACUGUGAGGAGGAGCGCCAAGUGCCCACUGAAGCUGGGCGGCAGCUGGCCCAGGACCUGGGGGUCUCCUUCGGGGAGUGCAGCGCUGCCCUGGGUCACAACAUCCUGGAGCCCAUGGUGAACCUGGCCCGGUCACUCAAGGUGCAGGAGGACCGCCUGAAGGGCUCGCUGGUGGAGGUGGCCUCUGAGAGGCCUCCCAAGAGAGCUGGCUGCUGUCUCUGACCACCUGUCCCGUCCCACCCUGCUGGCUUCCUGUCCCUCAGCUCCUGUCCUGACUCCCCGGACACAGGCAGAAGCCCAGGACCAGCUUGAGAGUUGAGGAAAAGCCUCCUCAAAUCAGGACUCAGACGGCCCCACCUCGGCCCUGCACACUCCAGGGGACUUUGCUGAGUCAAAUAAGGCGGUCGGGGAUGGAGGUGGAAAGGAAAAUUCUAGAAGCCCAACCUAAGGAGGGGCUGGGGUUGUGGCUCAGCGGUAGAGCACUCGCCUGGCACGUGUGAGGCCCUGGGUCUGAUCCUGAGCACCACAUAUAAAUAGAUAAAUAAAAUAAAGGUAUGGAG